AUGUUCUUCUCUUUCCUUAAAUCUUGUCCAUGCAUUCUUCUCUUCCUCUUGUUUACGCUCUUUUACACUUCAACAGAAGCUUAUGAUCCACUUGACCCAAAUGGAAAUAUCACAAUCAAAUGGGAUAUUAUUAGCUGGGCACCUGAUGGUUAUAUUGCCGUUGUUACAAUGUACAACUAUCAACGGUAUCGUCAUAUAACGCCGCCAGGAUGGUCAUUAGGAUGGAAAUGGGCAAAGAAAGAGGUAAUAUGGUCCAUGGUGGGAGGGCAGACAACUGAACAAGGAGAUUGCUUAAAAUUCAAGGAAAUCAUUCCACAUUGUUGUGAAAGAACUCCAACAAUCAUUGAUUUACUUCCCGGUGCGCCUUAUAAUCAACAAAUCGCAAAUUGCUGCAAAGGCGGUGUACUCACCUCAUGGACACAAGAUCCAACAAAUUCGGUCGCAUCGUUUCGAAUCACUGUCGGUAGAGCUGGCACGACUAGCAAAACUGUCAGACUGCCACACAAUUUCACGUUGAAAGCACCAGGACCGGGUUAUACAUGCGGCCCGACAAAAAUUGUGAAACCGACUAAAUUCGUAUCGAAAGAUAAAAGGAGAGUGACACAAGCACUUAUGACAUGGAAUGUGACAUGCACAUAUUCACAAUUUCAAGCUCAACAAAUUCCAACUUGCUGUGUUUCCCUCUCGUCUUUCUAUAACGAUACUAUAGUACCAUGCCCGGCAUGUUCCUGUGGCUGCCAAGGCAACACGGCCCAAUCGGGAAGCUGUGUAGAAAGCGCGCCACAUUUAGCCUCGGUUGUUCACAGCCCUGGAAAGAAUAUCAUUGCGCCUUUGGUUCGAUGUACUAGUCAUAUGUGUCCGAUCCGAGUUCACUGGCAUAUAAAGCUCAACUAUAGGGAAUAUUGGCGCGUAAAAGUUACUAUAACUAAUUUCAACUACAGGAUGAAUUACUCGGAUUGGAACUUGGUUGUUCAACAUCCAAACUUUGACAAUCUGACUCAAAUUUUCAGUUUCAAUCACGAAUCAAUACUUCCCUACGGCUCGAUAAAUGAUACUGCAAUGCUAUGGGGAAUUAAAUACUACAAUGAUUUCCUCAUGCAUGCUGGUCCUAGUGGCAAUGUACAGUCAGAGAUACUUUUUGGUAAGGAUAAAUCAACUUUUACGUUCGAUAAAGGUUGGGCGUUUCCUCGAAGGAUCUAUUUCAAUGGCGACAUCUGCGUGAUGCCACCGCCCGACGCUUAUCCAUGGUCACCUAAUGACAGUUCCAGACAAGAGGUUUCUUUUCUUGCUUUGACGAUGGCGUUGUUGGUAGCAUUAGUGUUUUGCGCGUAUGUCUAAAGUUCAUAUAUGUGGCACGCGCAACUCGGCUACCUAAAAUUUUGAUUCUUACGAGAGUUUUGA